AAAUGUAGGAAGGAACCGGUCGAUGAAACGAUGCGUUUAAGAAGAUUAGAUACAGACACGGUAUAAUAAUUCAAAUUCAUUCAACGUCCCAAAUUCCCUCGCUUUGCUCCGUCUUCACAUUUCUUCCUACCGGAGUUCGACGGUGGCGACCCGAUGAAAUCUUUGGCGAAGGAAGAAAACCAAUCUCCAAAGCGGCGAUGGUCCUUGCAAGACUUCGACGUAGGGAAACCCCUCGGCAAAGGAAAAUUCGGCAGAGUCUAUCUAGCAAGAGAAGUCAGGAGCAAGUAUAUAGUAGCACUGAAGGUGAUUUUCAAAGAGCAGAUGGACAAGUACAUGAUUCAUCAUCAGUUAAAGAGAGAGAUGGAGAUCCAGACCAGUCUUCGGCACCCCAACAUCCUACGCCUCUAUGGAUGGUUCCAUGAUGCUGAACGGAUUUUCUUGAUAUUGGAAUACGCUCACCGCGGUGAGCUUUAUAGGGAGCUUAGGAAAAAUGGUCAUCUCGACGAGAAGCAAGCUGCCACUUACAUUUUAAGCCUCACACAAGCAUUGGCAUACCUCCAUGAGAAGCAUGUGAUUCACAGGGACAUUAAGCCAGAAAAUUUGCUGCUUGAUCACGAGGGCCGGUUGAAAAUUGCAGAUUUUGGAUGGGCUGUACAGUCGAUAAACAAAAGACAUACAAUGUGUGGAACUCUGGAUUAUUUAGCCCCAGAAAUGGUGGAGAAUAAAGCUCACGACUAUGCAAUUGAUAAUUGGACUUUGGGCAUCCUUUGCUAUGAGUUACUCUAUGGAGUGCCUCCAUUUGAAGCUGAGAGUCAAAGUGACACGUUUAAAAGGAUAGUGAAGAUUGAUUUGAAUUUUCCUUCGACCCCUCGUGUUUCUUCAGAAGCAAAAGAUCUAAUAGGCCGGCUCUUGGUGAAGGAUUCCUCUAGAAGACUUUCACUUCAGAAGAUAAUGGAGCAUCCAUGGAUAAUCAAGAAUGCAGAUCCAUCUGGUAUUUGCAAUACUAGGUAGAACCAUCACUUCACUUUUAACUAAUUGGUCUUAAAAUUAUGGCUCCUUACGUAAAAUAGAGUUUCAUUAAGGUAUGUGUGUAAUUUUCUAAUAUCAUUGUAUUCAUGACUUUUAACCAUAAUGUUGAAAAGAGUUGCUAGUUGCUUUCCUA